CUCUCUGUCGUCUGUCUGUGUGACAGUGAACAACCGUCCAAAUGGCUCAGCAGGGAGAUCUGCUGGACCAGGACCAGUUCUGUUGUUCUGUCUGUCUGGAUCUACUGAAGGAGCCGGUCACUACUGCCUGUGGACACAAUUACUGUAGAAUCUGUAUUGAGGGCUGCUGGGAUCAGGAUGAUCUGAAAGGGGUCUAUAGCUGUCCUCAGUGCAGAGAGACUUUCGCUCCAAGGCCUAAUCUGAGGAAAAAUAACAUGUUGGCUGAGCAUGUGGAGAAACUGAAGAAGACAGGACACCAGGCUGCUCCCCCUCCUGCUCUGUGCUAUGCUGGACCUGGAGAUGUGGUGUGUGAUUUCUGCACUGGGACCAGAAAGCAGAAAGCCCUCAUGUCCUGUCUGGUGUGUCUGGCCUCUUACUGUGAGACUCACCUCCAACCUCACUAUGAAUUUCCUGCUUUGAAGAAGCACAAGCUGGACAAAGCCACCGCACACCUACAAGAGAAGAUCUGCUCUCAUCAUGACAAACUGCUGGAGGUUUACUGUCGUACCGAUCAGCAGUGUAUCUGUCUGCUGUGUACAAUGGAUGAACAUAAAGGCCAUGAUACAGUGUCAGCUGCAGCAGAGAGGACUGAGAAACAGAGGCAGCUGGGGAUGAGUCAGCAGAAGGUCCAUCAGAGAUUCCAGGAGAGAGAGAAGGAGCUGAAGGAGCUCCAACAGGCUGUGGAGUCUCUCAAGAGGUAUCAGUCUCUCUCCAGUAUCAGUGUAUCUUCAGACUUAUCCAGCAUCGUUGUCCGUCCUCUUCAGUACUUUGGAGAUGUGAGUAAGACUGUGUCUGAACUGAGAGAGAAACUAGAAGACUUCCUUAAAGGAGAAUGGACCAAGAUCUCCACUACAGUGAAUAUAGUGGAUGUUGUACUGCCUCCAGAGCCCAAGACCAGAGAACAGUUGUUACAAUAUUCCUGUCAGCUCACACUGGACCCAAACACAGCACACACACGCCUCUCUCUGUCUGAAGGGAACAGAAAGGUGACCUUUACAGACCAAGUCCAACCAUAUCCUGACCAUCCAGACAGAUUCACCUACUGUUGGCAGGUUCUGUGUAGAGAGGGUCUGUCUGGAUGCUGUUACUGGGAGGUGGAGAGGACUGGUGGUGUUGUUGUUCCAGCAGUCUCAUAUAAAGACAUCAGCAGAACAGAGGAUGAUGGUGGAUUUGGACUCAAUAACAAGUCCUGGAGUUUAGAGUACUAUAGUGGUGGUUAUUGUUUCAGACACAAUAAUGUUGUGACUAAAGUAUCAGGUCCUCAGUCCUCCAGAGUAGGAGUGUACCUGGAUCACAAGGCAGGUACUCUUUCCUUCUACAGUGUCUCUGAAACAAUGACCCUCCUCCACAGAGUCCAGACCACAUUCACUCAGCCCCUCUAUCCUGGGUUUUGUUUCAAUUCUAUUUUCGAUGGUUCUGCUGAGCUGGUUAAACUGUAGGAGGGUCCACAUAGAUACUAGUCAUGCUGGUGUAGUCUAUAGCUGAGCUGGUUAAACUGUA